AUGUCUACCGUUCAAUCUUCAGUAAUUGAACAGACCGCUCCUAUAAAUAACGCCGCCAAUUCAUCCUCAUUCAGGACCCCAAGUGAAGAAGAUACAUCUUCAUUCUUUUCACAUCCUUCUCUAACGCCAAGUACAAAUAUAAUGAAUGCUAAAGUCGUCCCUUCACUUGAAAAUGUCAAGCCGACCUUUCCGCCUUCCAUAAAUCUCCAAGAAUUGGUCAGAAUCAAACAAAAUGGUGAGGUUCCUUCUAAACCUCCAAAUGCAUGGAUCAUCUAUCGUGGAGCGGCAGUUAAAGAACUUCAUGCCCGAGGAUAUAACCUUCAAAUGACACGAAUUUCUCCCCUUAUCUCUGAAGCAUGGAAAAGCGAGCCAGAAAAUGUAGUCUCAUAUUAUAAGGAUUUAGCAAAAGAAGCAAAGAGAUUAUAUAAAGAAAUGUGGCCAAAACGAAGAUAUAGAAAUAUCAAACGUCUCACCAAUCAAUCACAAGCAUUGACUGGAACACCAUAUGCCAUCCCUUUACGACAUCAACAACAGCCACUUUCACAACAAAUAUCGCAAACUUCGCCAACGUCACAGGACUCCUCAGAAUUUGUGACGAAUGAUUGGUUCUCUGAAACAGAAUGGUUAGUCGCAGAAAAUAGUUUGUCUUCUUCCCUAUUAUUGAGUCCAAUAGACUCAAGUGUGGAUGCAUUUUUCAACGCUACGACUGGAAGUCAAAAUUACACUACCGGAAUCGAUAGUGAUUCCGAGCUUAGGAAUAUUUUUACAGAUAAAACUAUUGAAAGUAACGAUCUCACGCCAUCCACCGAUCAUCUCAAAAUUUCAAGCCAGAUCACGACGCAAAUUCCUCAAGAACGUUGGCGUCCAUCAAAUAGGUUACAAUACCAUCGAGCGAUGCAAAACUGGCAUAAAUAUUUGCAACAUAAUCCUUAUCGUACAAUCGCAGACGCAAAAAAAGUCCUUUUGUUUAACUUUCACGUUGUUUAA